AUGAGAGCCAUUACUGUUCUGAUCGGCACAAUUUUCGCUGCCCAUGCUGUGGAUGCCUCGUCUUCUUUGCUGCGUCAUGAAGCACCCAAGCUGCCAGCAUUUGUCCUUGAAUAUGCUCCGAUUGUCGCGCUCGAUCAAGGCGAGGUUUUAUUCCCAGCCGAUAUUGGCAGACGGUUACUAAAUACGAUUCCUAAAGUCAACUUCACCAAAGUUGGAGAAGCACAUUCACUGACGCUUAAUAACUUGAACGAACUUAACAAGCUUGGUAAUACCUCGGUCUUUCUCACCGCCAGGGAGGAUACUACAGACAUCGCAAGGGAGCCAUCUUGGGUGCACGGCGUCAAACCGAACAGCCGAGGAGAAACAUCGAUGCGUUCUACUUCUACUUUUACGCCUUCAACAAUGGUGGACAUGUUGCCGGAGUUCCCGAGGACUUCCAUGUUGGUGACUGGGAGCAUUCCAUGGUCCGAUUCCAAAAUGGCAUCCCAUAUGAGAUAUUUGUCUCAGCAUAGCGGCAGUGGAGAAGCCUUCAAAUAUGGCGCGCUACAGAAGAUCGGGAAGAGGGCGCUCAUAUUUUCAGCAUUCGGCGGUCACGCGAACUACGCUACGAAAGGAUCUCAUAACAUCCCAUUUACUCUUCCGCCACUACCUGUAUUGAACCUGAGUUCAGUGUCAAUACCAGGUAUACCUUCCAGUGUGUUGGAACAUUUGAACUUAACUGCAAUUCUAAAGGCAGUGAUUCCAGCCAACUUCCUGCAGGACAAAACCUCAAUGGGUACUCUAUGGGAUCCAGUCGCUAAUGCCUAUGCCUUCAACUAUACCUUCGACUUCAACCCGCAUCGCACUGCAGAAGAAAACAACCGUUUCACUCCGCUGGCAACACAAAACCAACCCAACCCCCCAACGAACUGGCUGACCUACUUUGGUCAGUGGGGAGACGAGCAAUAUCCAUUGACAGAUGUUCGACAGUUUGAAAUUCUUAAUCUUCCGUCGUUGGCGUACAUCACGAGUGGGCCUAAUGGACCUGUUUUCAAGCAUCUCGUACGAUCAACGUUGGCCACGGCCGAGAUUUCGGCAGGAUUUACAGCGCUCUACACUUAA